CCGAACUUACACUUCCCUGUUUUCCGAAUGGAAUGCUCCAAAGCCCAUGCACUUGCAUUUACUGAAUGGAGCAAUACAACACCACACAAUUUCUGAUGAACAAGAAUCUGAUAUGUGGUCUCCCUUGCCUAAUCAAGGGCGGAAACCCUGUGCUACAACACAGAACAAGCAACUUUUGCAAAGGAAGCCUCAGGCAUAUGUACAAGUGUUUCUUGAUGGGGGCUUGAACCAACAGAGAAUGGGGAUUUGUGACGCGGUAGCUGUGGCCAAAAUUUUAAAUGCAACCCUCAUAAUCCCAUACCUUGAAAUAAAUCCAGUAUGGCAAGACAUAAGUGCAUUUGAGGAUAUAUUUGAUAUCAAUCAUUUUAUCCACACAUUGAGGGAUGAUGUCACCAUAAUUAAAGAGCUACCAAGUGACUUUUCUUGGAGCACCAGGGAGUACUAUGCAACAGGCAUACGAGACACUAGAAUUAAGACAGCACCAGUGCAUGCUUCUGCUACUUGGUAUCUUGAAAAUGUUUUGCCAGUAAUGCAGAGACAUGGUAUUGUUGCUGUAGCUCCGUUCUCUCAUCGGUUAGCAUUUGAUGGCCUGCCUUCUGAAAUCCAGCAUCUGCGUUGUAAAGUCAACUUUCAGGCACUGGUUUAUGUUCCACAUAUCAGGACUUUAGGAGAUUUACUUGUCAGUCGGUUGAGAAGCAGACCUCAUAUCAUGGAUGGAACGUCAACCUCCAUAUUUGAAAGAGGAGACAAUUACAUACCCGGAGUUGGAAAAUAUGUCGUUUUGCAUCUUCGUUUUGACAAAGAUAUGGCAGCUCACUCAGCUUGUGAUUUCGGCGGAGGUAAAGCUGAGAAGCUUGCUCUAGCAAAAUAUCGCCAAUUGAUUUGGCAAGGAAAGGUUGUCAAAUCUCAGUUCACUGAUGAGGAAUUAAGAAACCAAGGUCGGUGCCCAUUGAGUCCUGAAGAGAUUGGACUACUGUUGGCCGCCUUGGGUUUCAACAAUAGUACACGCCUUUAUCUUGCUUCCCACAAGGUUUAUGGGGGAGAAGCAAGGAUCUCAGCACUUCGACAGUUGUUCCCACUAAUGCAGGAUAAAAGAAGCCUUGCAUCUUCAGAGGAAUUGGCUGGGGUUGAAGGAAAAGCUUCUUUAUUAGCUGCUUUGGAUUAUCAUGUGAGCUUGCACAGUGACAUAUUCAUCUCUGCUUCUCCAGGCAACAUGCACAAUGCACUGGUGGGGCAUCGUGCAUUCAAGAACCUGAAGACCAUCAGACCGAACAUGAAACUUUUGGGCAAGCUGUUCCUAAAUAAGAGCUUGGGAUGGGCAGAGUUCCAGCAAGCCGUGCUGCAGGGUCACAGGAAUAGACAAGGGCAACUCCAGUUCCGCAAACAAAACCAAUCAAUAUACACUUAUCCUGCUCCUGAUUGUCUAUGUCCAGCUCCUGCUUAAACAAAAAACAAUCCCAUUGAGAAGGUUUUGUUUUCCUUUGCCGGAUAACACUGCUCCGAGCAUUGUAUAUUAAAACUUUUAUAUGUGUGUUUGUGUAUAGUUCUAUGAAGUUGCAGUUGCUCUGUGGUUUUGCCUUUCAAUUUAAGUAUUUAACAAUGUUUUCUACAAAAUUUGUAGAAAGGACUCAUUUUGAAGAAAGCAGUACAAUUGCCUAAGGGA